GCUUUCGUAUUUGUAACUAAUCAUGUCAUACCCUCACAAAUUAUUAUUCAAAAUAGAUAACGUGAAGCAGAAAACUAGUUUAAUCUGGAAAUUGAAAUCUCAACAGCCUUGCUUUCCUUCUCCUCCUUCUCUCCCAUUCCAUUUCCCCCACUCUCUCCCUCUCCAAACAGCUACGAAGUUCGACCUUCGACUGCAAUGGAGAUGGCCAUGGAGGACUCCACCUCUCGUUUGAUUCUCUUCAUCGCUCGUUACGCGCUUCAAUCCGACCGACGAACCCCGCACUUCCUCAAGGAUCCUAUACAGAGUACGCUACGAAUAUGUAAUUUUAGGGUUUCCUCUGCUAAUUUCUAGAUUUUCCUUGUUUUAGGGUUGUACUUGCUGUGUUGCUGUAUUUGACCUCGAACUUAAAGAAUUGGGAACGGAAACUCUAGGGGUUCGGUGAAUUUCGGAUAAUUUUUGUUUUUGGAAGUUCUGUCUAUCUUUGUGAGGAACGGAGGUUCGUAUAUGAAUUCUAGGGUUUCUAGAAAAUUCUUGUCCAGUUUGAGCUUCUUAGGUUUUCACUAGAAUUGUCAAUUGACCGGGGCUAUUACCUAUUGAGUAACCCUAGGGAAAGUUUCAUUUUGAGUUGUUGGGAAUAUAAAGAAGUUCUUGUAAUUUGAGUUUAAUCGAGUUUCAUAUGGUUGUUGAAAGCUCUUCAUCUAUGGAUGCUAGUGGAUAUAUUUGAAUUUGAGCUUGAAUUUUGGGUGCUUUGGCAUUCGAAGUUGAACUUAGUUUUCGGCAGACUUUGAUGGCGGGAAGGUGGGACGUUGGGUUUCCAAAGACUAGUGCUAGUAGUCUUAGAGAGCAAGCAACAAGAACAAUUCUUCGCAACGUGAGGUCACAAGGGCACACAUAUGUUGAGCUACGAGAAAAGGGGAAAAAGUUCAUUUUCUUCUGCACUUUGUGCCUUGCGCCAUGUUAUAGUGAUAAGGUGCUGUUUGAUCACUUGAAGGGUAAUCUUCACAAUGACAGGUUAGCUGCUGCUAAGGUUACUCUCUUGCAAUCAAACCCGUGGCCUUUUAAUGACGGUAUGGUUUUCUUUCAUAAUUCAGAUGAGACUGAUAAGCAGUUGGUGGUUCCAGAUGGCAAUAAAUGUAAGAUUAUGGAGUCUCAUGACAAUGAAAACAAUCUUGCUGUUGUCAAAUAUGGGGAAAAUUUGAUAUCUAAUGGCAAUGGGAAUUUUGGUGCUGGUGGUCAUGAAUGUAAUGAGCAUUCUGAUGGAGCGAACUCCUCCGUGGCGAUUCCUCAUAUUCUGUUUAGGGAUGAAAUUACUGACAUAGAAGUGAAGCAGGUAGGCUUUGGACAAAUUGCUGCAAGGCUCCUCGAGAAGGAUGAGCUGUCAAAUUGUAUUAGUAGAAUAUGGUGUGAAUGGUUGGGGAAAAGGACAGAUAGCAAUGAUUUACUCAAGGUUCCUGAGCAUGACUUUGCGGUCGUUACCUUCAGUUACAAUAUUGAUUUAGGUAGGAAGGGAUUACUUGAUGAUGUAAAGAUGCUUCUUUCAUCCAGUCCUACAGAAGAAACAGAGAAUGGUGAAUGCAGCAGUGGUAAGAGAAAGAAAUUCUUCUCUGACCCUGAGGAUAUUAGCGAAUCUCUAAGUAAUCAGUUUGAUUCAUGUGGGGAAGAUUCAUCUGCUUCCAGCGGUGCAACGUCAAGAUUGCUUUUAGAACGGUAUGAUGAUCUUCUGCACACAAGAUUUAUUAACAAGUCUAUAAGGAGAGAGUUAAGACGGCAACAGCGUUUAGCUUCGGGCAGAACGUGUGAUAUCUGUCAACAGAAGAUGCUUCCUGGGAAAGAUGUAGCCACUCUCAUAAAUUUGAAGACAGGAAGGCUCGCUUGCAGUAGUCGAAAUGUGAAUGGGGCUUUUCACGUGUUUCAUACUUCCUGCCUUAUACACUGGAUACUUUUGUGUGAAGUUGAGAUGAUCACGAAUCAGUCCGCUAGUUCAAAAGUCAGGAGAAGAUCUAGGAGAAAAACUGCAGCUAAGUGCAAUGGAAAAGAUGAUCAGUUGAUAGCUUUGAGCUUACAACUGAAUUCUGUAUUCUGCCCAGAGUGUCAGGGCACUGGUAGCCUAAUAGAUAACGAUGACCUGGAGAAACCAAAUCUCCCUUUGUCUCAGCUAUUCAAGUAUAAGAUAAAGGUGAGUGAUGCACGUAGAGCAUGGAUGAAGAGUCCUGAAAUGUUGGAGAAUUGCUCGACGGGAUUUCACUUCCCUUCCCAAUCUGAAGAAGGAAUUGAGGUUUCUUCUUUCAAUUUAUUUGUGCUAGGAAAAGGUGAAACCGUUGAAGUUGCUGCGUUUCUACAGAGCAGAUUGAAUAGAGUUGGUGUCGAGAAUACUGGGAAACCAUGUAGCUGUAUGUAGUUCACGGUAGCAUGUGUGUUUGCACUCGGCCUCAUGUU